AUGGCGUCUGUUGUACCACGACUGACGCUGUCUUCCCCAGACGGGGCUCACUUGGAUGCUAUUCCACUCGUACCUUCACCACAGAGAGAAUCCCAUCGCCCAUCUGAUUUGAAGCUUUCGCCACUAGAAGACCGAGAAACUACCGAGCCCUUCGAAGAUCACGACGAUAGUUUUUAUUCACUCAAAAUACCUUCUCCUACCUACCAAAUAAUGUUCACUCCAAGAUUCUUGAUGACUUCCUGCGAUUCUGAGGACGAUUAUUCGGAUAGGCUCUCCGAAAACUCAGCGGAUGAUCUCGUUUUUACCCAAAGUCGCCUACCUCCUUGGUCCAGCGCAGCGGAGCAUGUCAAGCCAUUGGUCGAUCGAUUCAUCGACGAAGAGAGAAGACAACACGAUGUUGCACGUCUUGCCUGGCGCCCGGCGCUCCCGGCUACUCCUACGGCGUCCACCCAGUCUUUGUCAGCUAGCUCGGGUCUCGAUAGCCGCACAGAUGCAUUGGAAACACAGUCCAGCUCUUUUGUGGCAUGUCUCAGUCGCCACGAGAGCCCUACCAUCGAUCACCACGAAAUCGGCCCUCUUCUCCGACGAACUCAAUCUUUGUCCACCCUUUUGCGUGGUCCCUCGCAUUCAUCCAAAAAUCAUCUCGGUUUGAGCACAAUCUGGAUUAGUGGCUCAAUUUAUCAGCAGCAGGACAAGGAAGACGAAAUCAAACGUUGGGCUUCAGACAUCUCAAUCACUCCUUAA